CCUGGUCCAGCCGCUUCCAAUAGCUGCUCCUCUGUCUGAGGUGUUGCGUUCUCCGUCCCUGAAGGUUUUACGAGGGCGCAAGCGCUGCUUUGACCUGGGGAGCGGGCCAGAGAACAUGUGAAGUGUUUUGAGGAGGAUGAGCUAGGUCUGUGCCUGCCUGUUGUCUCAUGACUUUCUUAUAUUUGGCUUCUCUCAGCUAUGCCUCCGGAGUCCUCUGUGUGCUUCACAGAGCAACAGAAGAUGAAUAAAUCUCCGGUGUUGGUGUCAUUUGAGGAUGUGGUUGUGGACUUCACCUGCGAGGAGUGGCAGGACCUAGAUGAUGCUCAGAGGACCCUGUACAAGGACGUGAUGCUGGAGACCUACCGCAGCCUGGUGUUGUUGGGCCAUUGCAUCACUAAACCUGCAGUGAUCUUUAAACUAGAGCAAGGAGCAGAGCCAUGGAUGAGAGAAGAAUCCCCACAUCUGAGCUCCCCAGAUGUCCAGAAAGUGGAUGACAUAAUUGAGACGAGUCACCAAAGUGGAGAUAGACAUCUGUGGCAAGUUGUAAUCACCACCAAGAACAUAUCAACUGAAAACCAAGUUCAAUUAAGAAAUACUUUUGAUUUGAACUCUAGCCAUAUUUCAGAUUUGAUUAUAAAUAAUGAAAACUAUUCAGUUUUGAAACCUGAAGAAAAUGUUUGUCACAACACACAUCUCCCUAGUGAGCCAUGUAAGAUGGAUACUCCAGAGAAAUCUCAUUUGUGUAAUAUAACGGGAAAAUCCCUGAGGUAUCUUGAGUAUUUUGGUCAGCAUUCCAAGAUUCUGACUGGGCAGCAGGAUUUUCAGUCUAGCGCACAAUGGAAAGCCUUUGUCAACAAGGCUAAAUUAUUGAAAGAAUGUAUUACAUAUAAGAGGGUUCCUGUGGGGCAAGUGUGUUGGGAGCAUAACGAAUCUGGGAAAGCUUGUGAGAAAUCAGCUCUCAUUGCUAAGAUAGGGAAGAAAACUCUUUAUAGAAACUGUGAUCUCACUACACAUCAGACACACAUAAGGCAGAAAUCCUGUGAAUGUGGUGAAUGUGAGAAAAACUUCAUUACUAAAUUAGACCUUAUAAUACAUCAGAAUAAACAUCCAGGGAAGAAGCCUUAUGCAUGUAAUCAGUGUGAGAAAUCUUUCAGCUACAGGUCAGACCUUAUUGUCCAUGAGAGAAUUCAUACAGGGGAGAAGCCUUAUGCAUGCAAUAAAUGUGGAAAAACCUUCAGCCGGAAAUCAACUCUCACUAUCCAUGAGGUAAUUCACACUGGGAAGAAGCCCUAUGCAUGUCAUGAGUGUGGAAAGACAUUUCACCAGAAGUCAAACCUUACCAGUCACCUGAGAACUCACACAGGAGAGAAGCCCUAUGAAUGUAAUGAAUGUGGAAAAGCAUUUGGCCAGAAGUCAAACCUCAGAACACAUCAGUGUAUUCACACGGGGGAGAAACCAUAUGAAUGUAAAGAAUGUAGGAGAAGUUUUUACCAUAAGCCAGCACUCACUAUACAUGAGCGAACUCACACAGGUGAGAAACCCUAUGAAUGUAGUGAAUGUGGUAAAACCUUUUGCCAGAAGUCCUACAUUAGGAAGCAUCAGAGAACUCACACUGGAGAGAAACCCUAUGAGUGUAAUGAUUGUGGAAAAACGUUUGGGCAGAAAUCGUAUCUCAGUAAACAUGAGAUAAUUCAUACUGGGAAAAAACCUUAUGAAUGUAACCAAUGUGGAAUAACAUUUUCCCAGAAAUCAAACCUUAGUAGGCAUCAUAGAACCCACACAGGAGAAAAACCUUUUGAGUGUAAUGAGUGUGGAAAAACCUUUGGCCAAAAGUCAAGCCUCACAGUCCAUCAGGGUUCUCACAAAGGGCAGAAACCAUAUAAACAACAACAAUAUGGAAGUUUCUUCCAUUAGACUCCACUUAACACAAGAAAAAUCACAGUGAGUCGAAACCAUAUGAAUGUAAUCAGUGUGGAGAGAAUUUUGAGCAGAAGUUAAAGCUUAUUAAACAUAAGAUGACCACACUUGGGAGAAGCCCUAUGAAUGUAUUUGAAGAUGAAAACUUUCUGAAAUUCAUAACAAGCAUUAAAAUGCUUACAUGGGAGACAACCACGAAUAUAGAAUCAUUUCCUCAGAAAUCCCACUUUGAUUAAUGGCAAAGUCUUCAUUGCAGAGACUACUUAUGUCUCCUAAAACCAUUUUAUUCUCUCUGUAAUGCAGUCUUCAUUUCUGGCUUUAACUUUUGGUUAUCACUAGCUAAUGGAGAGGUUCUUGGAGAAUAUGGACAGUGAUGAGCAUUAUGUCCAAGCCUGGCAACAUAAAAGACAGUGGCCAUACACUUCUCUAAUUUCUCAUGUCUUGAAAACUGAGGUGCAGGUGAGUCAGGACAACCUUGGGAAAUAAAAAAAAAUGUCACUGUGAGUUAAGACAUGAAGAGAAUAAGAUCUUUCCAGCUGUA